AUGCCUCAAGACGACGAGGACGAAGGCCGCCCGAGCCAUUCCUCCAACACCAACAUAUCUAACCAGGGCGACGACAGCAGCGAUAGCCGCCAUGUUCGAUACAACCUCACCGUCGAUACCCAGAACCUCUCGCCGCCCCAGGCCACUCCCAACAGGCCUGCGCGAUCCGACACUGAGCUGCAUCGCCAGAUGACCUUUUCGCCCUCGCUACUGCGUCGCCGAGUGACUCGCGCCCCGACCUUCAAGACUGUGGAGGACUACGAUGAAUUUGAUACCACCUUUAGCGCCCGCCCUGGCUGGCAGCCCGGCUCUGAGCCUGGCUACGACCCAAUGCUCCCCGAUGGUGGACAUGCGUCAAUGCCGACUUUGACAGCGCCCUGCGAGAUCUCCGUUAUCGACUUUUCGCAGCAGGCCGUGAUCAAGCAUCACUUUGACAACGAGGGCUUUAUCAACUUUCUGGAGUUGCCCCAGGAGGAUUGGGUCAAGUGUCGCUGGAUCAAUGUUAAUGGACUCAGCUGGGAUGUGAUACAGGCCGUGGGCAACAAGAAAGGACUACACAAGCUCGCGCUGGAGGAUCUGAUGCAGAUUAGGAACCGGACAAAGGCCGAUUGGUAUCCCAACCACGCCUUUAUUGUCAUGACCCUGCAGAAGCUUGUUCACCUGGUCGACGACGACGACGACUCGACCGAUACUAGCAGUACCUACUCGAGCAAGUCGUUCAACGCACUGAGGGGAUCCAUCAGGGAUCUCUGGAGGAGUCGCAGGACGUCGGACCCGGAGAAGAAUGCGGCCCCUCAUGGACUGCGACCACAGGAUGUCACCACAGAUCUUCAAGAGACUGGCAUGAUCCGGACGCUGCAGCGAUACCAUGCCUCUGGGAAUGAAGCGCGGACUGAGUUUAUGGAGAAUCACUCGUCUCUCGCGCCUUAUCAGAUGGCCAUCUCGGCGGAGCAGGUCUCCAUCUUCUUGACAUCGGACAAUACCGUCAUCUCCUUCUUCGAGGUCUCGGCUGGGGACAUUGAGCGUCCCAUCUUUACGCGCCUUAGCACGCCGGGUACCAUCCUGCGGGAGUCUAACGACGCGUCCCUGCUAUGCCAGGGCAUCAUUGACGCCAUUAUCGACCUUGCCAUUCCCCUGACGGCCGUGUAUACGGAUAUCAUUGCCGAUAUCGAGAUCGAUGUGCUCACGGCCCCGAGCGUCACGCAGAGUAAGAAGCUCUACAUCUGUAUCAGCGAGAUCAACAAGAUGCUAAGCUUCCUCAACCCUAUCGACAAUGUCGUCAACGUUCUUCGCGACCACAAGACGUACAUGACCCACGAUCAGGCCCAGAAGGAGCUCGGGAACGCUGGAUCCGGCGUCAUCAUCACCCCCAUGACACACACGUACCUUGGCGACGUGCUCGAUCACUGCAUAAUGAUCACCGAGUCCCUUCAGCAGCUCAAGCAGUCGUCGGACAAUUUGAUUGAUCUCAUCUUUAAUACUAUUUCUGCUGGACAGAACGAAUCGAUGAAGCAGCUUACUACCGUCACCAUUAUCUUCUUGCCGCUUACGUUUAUUACUGGAUUCUUUGGUCAAAACUUUGACGAAGCAACGUUUCCCGAUCUCCACCAUCCUAUUUGGUAUUUCUGGGCUUGUGCUGUGCCUACCGUGGUCGCGACCAUCCUAAUUCUCAUGAGAGAGAUGAUUUACAACUGGCUUGUCCGCAUCGUGCAAAGGAGACAAAUUGUCACGCUCAGAAAGAAGAAGAAGAAGAAGACGAGGCAGCAAAAGAUCAAGCUCAAGGUGUAA